UUCUCCAAAUCCCGGAGCACCUAGGAAGGUAAAAACGGCUUCAGCAACACUGGAACUUAUGUCAUCACAGUGUUAUUAUAUUAUUUUCAAUUCAGUGCCGUUUACCACCAUUUUAAACUGGAUUCUAUCAUAUUUGUUCGCAUCAAUUAACAGAAGUAGUCUUCAUAAGUUUCAUUCAUCAACAAAAUCAACGGCGAGGAUGACUGACACGGAGAUAGAGGGUCCGGGGAGACACAGGAACGGUGAUGUGCUCGCAGAAUCGGCGACAAAAAGAGAUGAUGUGUUUGACGAAACGUACAAAGAGAAAGAAGGUCCCAAACCUUCAAUGAUACUCGUGUGGAGAAAUAUCAUAUUGAUGACUUUGUUGCACAUUGGAGCCGUGUACGGCAUCACCCUCGUCCCAUCUGCUCAUGUUUUGACCUGGGCUUGGUUUGUGUUUUGCUUUUUAACAAGUGCUUUAGGAGUGACUGCGGGGGCUCACCGGCUAUGGAGCCACAGGUCCUACAAGGCCUCGUUACCUCUCAGAAUCUUCCUUGCCACUGCCAACUCCAUGGCCUUUCAGAAUGAUAUCUUUGAAUGGGCUCGGGACCACAGAGUUCACCACAAGUUUUCAGAGACCGAUGCCGACCCGCACAACGCCGUCCGAGGGUUCUUCUUCGCCCACAUCGGUUGGCUCCUGGUGCGUAAACACCCAGACGUCAUUGAGAAGGGGAAGAAGCUGGAGCUCAGUGACUUGAAGGCUGACAAGGUCGUCAUGUUCCAGAGGAAGUAUUACAAGAUGUCAGUGGUCCUGAUGUGCUUCUCCAUCCCCAUGUUUGUUCCUUGGUGCCUGUGGGGAGAGAGCCUGUGGCUGGGCUACUUCGUGCCGGGUCUGCUGAGGUACACCCUGGUACUGAACGCUACCUGGCUGGUCAACAGUGCUGCCCACAUGUGGGGAAACCGGCCCUACGACACCAACAUCAACCCCAGAGAGAACAAGUUUGUCACCCUUAGUGCCAUAGGUGAGGGGUUCCAUAACUAUCACCACACCUUCCCAUAUGAUUAUGCAUCCAGUGAGUUUGGCUGCAAACUGAACCUGACCACCUGUUUCAUCGACUUGAUGUGUUUCCUCGGCCUGGCAAAGGACCGCAAGAGAGUGACCCCUGAAAUAGUGCUGGCCCGGGCUCAGCGCACUGGGGACGGAAGCACCCGGAACCGGAGUGGCUAGGAGGUUGUCCCCAAUCUCAAAAAAGCUCCAAAACAAAAACCAAUGUAAAAAAAAAACUAAAAAAAUACAUAUAUAUAUAAAACCGACAAAAGUUUAGUUUGCAGUGUAAUUUUGAGAGAUGCUUCUCUAUCUUGUAGCUACAGUCACAGCUUCACUCUUCUCCUUUGUGAGCUUUUUACGGAUUUCCUAAAGAGUUCUUAAAGAUUCGUGUUAGCUUUUAAAAUAGGGACUUUAAUCACCUUACGUUUUACUGUUUAAUUUCUUCUACGCUGCAGCAAAUAGUGUUGUGUGAAAUGGUACAAAUCUGUCUGUUGCCAAAGCUGGUAUGCUGCCAUUGGUCGAGCCUCCCUCAGUAGGCUGGAGGAGGUGUUCAUGAGCUGUGAAUGCUUCUUCUGCUGCAAUGUUACAUUGAUGUUGCCUAGGCAAUCAAUCCAGAGUUUCUCUUUAAUACUGCUGUCAAGUAUUAAAGGAGAGAUUUGAAAAAAUAAGAAAGCUUUUU